CUCAUCAAACAGUUUUAAAGGGCCAAUACCAGAAGAGCUUAUGAAUCUCACUGCACUGCAUGCUCUUAACCUGUCACAGAACACUUUCUCUGGUAGCAUCCCUUCUUCCUUAGGCAAUCUGAAGCACCUUGAGUCCUUAGACUUGUCAGUAAACUCUUUGAGUGGAGAGAUUCCAACAGAGAUUGCAAAGUUAUCAUUUCUGGCUGUCAUGAAUCUCUCUUACAAUCAUUUGGUGGGCAAAAUACCCACAGGCACACAAAUUCAGACAUUUGAGAGUGAUUCAUUUGUGGGCAAUGAAGGGCUAUGUGGACCUCCACUAACCCAGAACUGUGAUGGUGGANGGAAAAAGUUUUCANCACCAUCANCAGAAACACNUCAUUCUGAUNCAAAGGGUUCAAUUGANNGGAAUAUCUUGAGUGUGGAAUUGGGGUUUACUUUUGGCUUUGGAAUUUACAUAUUCCCACUCAUUUUCUUCAAGAGAUGGAGAAUGUGGUAUUCCAAACACCUGGAAGACAUCCUCUGCAAGAUUGUUCCUCAGCUUGAUUUUGUUUAUGUGCAUCGUUUGGGACAAAAUUAUAGAAUCAUGAGGUGGAACCCUUAUUGA